CGAAUCCGAAAGCUCGAUAUGCAGAAUUUGAGUUGUUGCUUAAUUCCCUAUGGACAGGCCAUAGAUGUUGAAUAGUAGCGACUGCCAUCCCUUCAAAUGCCUCAUGCGGUAACCUGAUUUCCCUCGCUGACGAAACCUGCUCUGCUACGCCAUAACGUAACUGCAUUGCUUUCUCAUAGCUCCCUGGCGUCGGGCAGCUCCUCAUUGGGCUCUGUGGAGAAUCUAGGCCCACAACGGUUGCAAUCGUCUCUGCAAUCAAGCUUUGACAAGCCUUCGUCAAGCUUUGCACCCUGGCUGCUCCCGUGGAUAUGCAUUCCUCAAUGCAGCUUCCCACGCUGCAACCGGUGAUCAUACAUUGCGUCACUGGAAUAUCUCUAUUUACCCCCAGCUCUCUGGAGUUCCCGUUCAACAUCUCAGACUAACUUCGGACUGAAAUCUUUGAGAGGCCGAACAAAGAUCAAUUGACACAAUGGCAGGACUCGCCCGACACGUCGAUCCCGAAGAGUUGGUGAAGACGCUUCAGGACCAUCCGGCACACAAGGCCGGACGUAAGGCCAACCGCGCCGUUUCCCACACGACGCCGUAUUCGAGCCGAUAUGCCAGCUCUACGGAGCUCUCCAAGUUCCGCAUUCCCCAUGAUGGAGCACCGGCAGAUGUUGUGCAUCAGCUGCUCAAAGAUGAGCUCGAGCUCGACGGUCGUCCGAGCCUGAACCUGGCUUCCUUCGUCGGCACCUACAUGGAGCAUGAAGCAGAGCAGCUCAUGAUCGAAAAUCUCUCGAAGAAUAUGUCCGACGCCGAUGAAUAUCCUUCUAUGAUGGACAUGCACGCCCGCUGCAUCUCGAUCAUUGCAAAUCUCUGGGGUGCCCAGACAACAAAAGGCGAGAAGGCGAUCGGAACAGCCACGACCGGCUCGAGCGAGGCUAUACAUCUAGGUGGGCUUGCUAUGAAGCGCCGCUGGCAAGAGAAGCGAAGGGAGGAGGGCAAGGAUACGUCGAAGCCGAAUAUCAUCAUGGGAGCCAAUGCGCAGGUUGCGCUCGAGAAGUUCGCUCGUUACUUCGAAGUGGAGGCUCGGAUCUUACCCGUCUCGGAGAAGAGCAGCUACCGCCUUGAUCCAGAGUUGGUGAAGCAGAACAUUGACGAGAACACCAUUGGCGUCUUUGUGAUUUUGGGGUCGACAUACACUGGGCACUACGAACCGGUCGAGGAGAUCAGCAAUAUUCUCGAUGAGUAUGAAAACAAGACCGGUGUAUCCAUUCCCAUCCACGUUGAUGCUGCAUCUGGAGGAUUCAUCGCCCCCUUCACUCAUGCCAAGGCUGGCUUCAAAUGGAACUUCGAACUUCCCCGCGUCAAGUCGAUCAACACGAGCGGUCACAAGUUUGGGCUUGUGUACGCUGGUGUGGGUUGGGUUAUCUGGAGAGAUGAAAGCUAUUUGCCCAAGCACCUGAUCUUCGAGCUGCAUUACCUGGGUGGAACGGAGGAGAGUUACACUCUCAACUUUUCUAGGCCUGGAGCACAGAUCAUCGCCCAAUACUACAACUUGAUCCAUCUCGGGUUUAGCGGCUACCAGAACAUCAUGGAGAAUACCCUUGCCAACGCGCGCUUAUUGAGUCGUGCAUUGGAGGGCACUGGAUGGUAUCGCUGUGUCAGCGAUAUUCAUCGCAAGAAGGGAGACCACAAGUACGAGAAGGGUAAGCCGCAGUACGAAGAUGGGUCGACGAGUGCGGAUUACAAUGCGGGCCUGCCAGUAGUCGCCUUCAGUCUGACUGAUGACUUCAGGAAGGACUUUCCGCACGUCAAGCAGGCCGCCGUCAGCAAUUUGUUGAGGGCAAGACAGUACAUCAUUCCAAACUAUCCGCUGCCGCCCAACGAAGAGAAGACUGAGAUUUUGCGAGUUGUCGUUCGCGAAAGCCUGUCUAUCGACAUGAUCGACAGGCUAAUCACCGACAUUUGCUCUAUCACUGAAAAUUUGAUGCAGAGUGACCAGUUCGACGUCGCAGCAUGGCAACCGGCUAGCCAGAGCGUCGAGAAGGAACAUGCGUCGCACGGCUUGCAGGCCAAACACAAGCAUGAAGCGCGCCGUCCGAUGCACGAAGGCGUCCAUCGUAGUGUAUGUUGAUCAGGGGUACCUUGCAUCAUGGACUUGCGGGAUUAGGAUACAUACCAACGAGCGGGAUAUAGCGAUGCCGUAGCUGAGAGGGAAUACACGGCCCGAGACAGCAGGGAAAAGUGCCCGUUUACCCCUUAUGACCGAAAAUUGCCUAGACUUAGGUGUCCCUGGAGUGUUGCACCGAUUGCCGCGCCUUGUCAAUCUACCGAAGAAGCCAAAAUAGGCGAAGGUGUAUGCGUUUGCUGCCAGAUUUCCGAUGAGUGUUCCUUGGUUGACGGCAAGUACUCGCUCGAACCAGAUCCGCGG